AUGGAGCUGGCAGGCCUCAAAAAGGCCUUGAUCUUCUUGGACUCCCAUGGCGUGACGGUGAAGCUCCUCGUCACGGACCGCCACGUGCAAGCAAAGGCAUUUAUGAGGAAAGAGAUGCCUCACAUCGUCCAUGAGUUUGACGUCUGGCACGUGGGAAAAGGGGUGAAGAAAGAGCUUCUUGCCACUUUAAAGACUGCAAUCUAUGCUGAGCUGGCACUGUGGAGGAGGUCUGUGGAGAACCACCUGUAUUGGGUGGCAGCCUCAAGUGAGGGAGACCCCAGGAUGAUCGUCCCCAAGUGGUUGUCCAUCCUGAACCAUGUACGGGACAUCCACGUACACAGUAAUCCUCUGUACCCCGUCUGUGCUCAUGGGGAGCUGCAGCCUAGGGAGUGGCUAGAUGAUGACUCACCAACGUUCGAGAAGCUUGCUGCAAUCAUCACCACUGCGGAAGCUGGACUACCCAGCCUCGAACGUUUCCUUCUCGCCGCGCCACCAGUCGCGUGA